CGCGCGGGAGUGCGAAGCGGUGGCUCCUGGGGGCAGCCACUUGCCUGGAACGGAAGCCGCCGCGGGACGUAGUGGAAGCCAGGAUGGCGGCUCCCAGCCGGAAGACGACAACCCCCAACCCCCUGGUUUCCAAGAGGCCGCUGUCGACGGACCUUUCUUCGGAGAUCCCGAGCAAGAGGAAGAACGCGACCCCGCCGUCUUCGCUGCUGCCGUCAUCCGGGUCUUUCGUGGAGGGCUCCAUCGUCCGCAUAGCGAUGGAGAACUUCCUAACAUAUGAUGUCUGUGAAGUAUCUCCUGGACCCCACUUGAAUAUGAUUAUUGGAGCUAAUGGAACAGGAAAGUCAAGCAUUGUAUGUGCCAUUUGCCUUGGAUUAGCAGGCAAACCUGCUUUCAUGGGACGGGCAGAUAAGGUUGGAUUUUUUGUGAAGAGAGGAUGUUCCAAAGGCAUGGUUGAAAUUGAAUUGUUCAGGACUUCUGGAAAUCUUACAAUCACCCGCGAGAUUGAUGUGACAAAAAAUCAGUCUUUUUGGUUUAUCAAUAAAAAAUCUACAACUCAGAAAGUAGUAGAAGAACAAGUUGCAGCCUUGAAUAUUCAAGUGGGCAAUCUUUGCCAGUUUCUACCUCAGGACAAAGUGGGAGAGUUUGCUAAACUCAGCAAAAUUGAACUCCUCGAGGCUACUGAAAAGUCAAUUGGUCCUCCAGAAAUGCAUAGGUAUCACUGUGAACUCAAAAACUUCAGGGAGAAGGAAAAACAACUAGAGACCUCAUGCAAAGAAAAAACUGAAUACCUAGAGAAAAUGGUUCAGAGAAAUGAAAGAUACAAACAAGAUGUGGAAAGGUUCUAUGAACGUAAGAGACAUUUAGAUUUAAUUGAGAUGCUUGAGGCAAAAAGACCCUGGGUGGAAUAUGAAAAUGUUCGUCAGGAAUAUGAAGGAGUAAAACUAGCCCGUGAUCAAGUGAAGGAAGAAGUCAGAAAACUUAAAGAAGGGCAGAUUCCUAUCACAAAUCGAAUUCAAGAAAUCGAAAGGGAACGUCAUAAUAUGGAGGCUCGAAUCAAAGAAAAGGCAACAGAUAUUAAGGAGACAUCACAAAAAUGCAAACAAAAGCAAGAUCUUAUCGAAAGGAAAGAUAAACAUAUUGAAGAACUUCAACAGGCUUUAAUAGUAAAACAAAAUGAAGAGCAGGACCGACAGAGGAGAAUAAGCAAUACCCAAAAAAUGAUAGAAGAUUUGCAAAAUGAACUAAAAACCACUGAAAACUGUGAGAAUCUUCAGCCUCAGAUUGAUGCCAUUACAAAUGAUUUGAGACGAAUUCAGGAUGAAAAGGGAUUAUGUGAAGGCGAGAUUAUUGAUAAACGAAGAGAGCGAGAAACUCUAGAGAAGGAGAAACAGAAUGUGGAUGGCCAUAUUAUACGUUUUGAUAAUCUUAUGCAUCAAAAGGAAGAUAAACUGAGACAAAGGUUCCGGGAUACAUAUGAUGCUGUUUUGUGGCUGAGAAAUAAUAGAGACAAAUUUAAGCAAAGAGUCUGUGAGCCCAUAAUGCUUACGAUCAAUAUGAAAGAUAAUAAAAAUGCCAAAUAUAUUGAAAACCACAUUCCAUCAAAUGACUUGAGAGCCUUUGUGUUUGAAAGUCAAGAGGAUAUGGAGCUUUUCCUCAGAGAGGUUCGUGACAAUAAAAAAUUAAGAGUAAAUGCUGUUAUGGCCCCCAGGGUUUCAUAUGCAGACAAAGCACCUUCAAGAUCUCUGAAUGAGCUAAGACAAUAUGGAUUUUUCUCUUACUUACGAGAGUUAUUUGAUGCACCUGACCCUGUAAUGAGUUAUCUUUGUUGUCAGUAUCAUAUUCAUGAAGUUCCUGUAGGAACUGAAAGGACCAGAGAAAGAAUUGAGCGGGUAAUACAAGAAACUCGUUUAAGACAAAUUUACACAGCAGAAGAAAAGUAUGUGGUGAAAACUUCUUUUUAUUCGAACAAAGUUAUUUCUAGUAACACAUCCCUUAAAGUUGCCCAGUUCCUCACAGUUACUGUAGAUCUAGACCAAAGAAGACACUUGGAAGAACAACUAAAGGAAAUUAAUAAAAAAUUGCAAGCAGUGGACUCAGGAUUGAUUGCCUUGCGUGAUACAAACAGACAUCUAGAACACAAAGACAAUGAACUUAGACAAAAGAAGAAGGAACUUCUUGAAAGAAAAACCAAGAAAAGGCAACUGGAACAAAAAAUUAGUUCCAAGUUAGCAAGUAUAAAACUGAUGGAACAGGAUGCUUGCAACCUAGAAGAGGAAGAACGUAAAGCAAGUACCAAAAUUAAAGAGUUAAAUAUUCAGAAAGCAAAACUUGUUACUGAAUUAACGAGCCUAGUAAAGAUUUGUACUUCUUUGCAUAUGCAAAAGGUAGAUUUAAUUCUUCAAAAUACCACAAUGAUUUCUGAGAAGAACAAAUUAGAGUCAGAUUAUGUAGCUGCAUCUUCAAAACUGCGUGUCACAGAGCAACAGUUUGUUGAGUUGGAUGAUAACAGACUAAGAUUAUUGCAGAAAUGCAAAGAACUUAUGAAGCGAGCGAGGCAAGUAUGCAACCUGCGUGCAGAGCAGAUUGUUCCUCAAGAAUAUCAGACACAAGUACCCACCAUUCCAAAUGGACACAACUCCUCACUCCCCAUGGCUUUCCAAGAUCUUCCAAACACAUUGGAUGAAAUUGAUGCUCUGUUAACUGAAGAACGAUCAAGAGCUUCCUGCUUCACAGGACUAAAUCCUACAGUGGUUGAAGAAUAUGCAAAAAGAGAAAAAGAAAUAGAGCAGUUAACUGAGGAACUAAAGAGAAAAAGAGCUGAACUAGAUACAUAUAGGGAAAGCAUUUCACAGGUAAAAGAAAGGUGGCUUAAUCCCUUAAAGGAGCUAGUAGAAAAAAUUAAUGAAAAAUUCAGCAACUUUUUUAGUUCCAUGCAGUGUGCUGGUGAAGUUGAUCUCCAUACAGAAAAUGAGGAAGACUAUGAUAAAUAUGGAAUUCGAAUUAGAGUCAAAUUUCGAAGUAGUACUCAACUGCAUGAAUUGACUCCUCAUCAUCAAAGUGGAGGUGAAAGAAGUGUUUCUACUAUGUUGUACUUGAUGGCCCUUCAGGAGCUUAAUAGAUGUCCAUUCAGAGUAGUUGAUGAAAUCAACCAGGGUAUGGACCCAAUCAAUGAACGGAGAGUGUUUGAAAUGGUUGUAAACACUGCCUGUAAAGAAAACACGUCUCAGUACUUCUUUAUUACACCAAAGCUCCUGCAAAAUCUUCCUUACUCGGAAAAAAUGACAGUGUUGUUCGUCUACAAUGGUCCUCAUAUGCUGGAACCAAACAGAUGGAAUUUAAAGGCUUUCCAAAGGCGGAGACGCCGUAUCACAUUCACUCAACCUUCUCAAUAAAAGUGAAGAGAAGAAACUUUGGAAUUAUUCUUUUAACUGUCUAUAUGUGUGACUCAAUUGAAUAAAAGUUAGCAGAUUUAUUAAAACAAAGAUUGGUUAUUUUUGGAAGCCUGCUUUUAACUACAAAUAGAUUGAUGAAGUGGAUCACAAUCACUCUCUUUCUGGAACAUUAUCUAGUAGUAAAAAGAUAAAUCUUCAGUUUUGGUUGAAUGAAUCAUGAGUGCUCUGAGUCAUUUGGUUCCUAUGUUUAAAGGUAUUUACUAUUGUAAAUUAAAGAUAAGGUGGGAUUAUCAAAUCACAGGGUGUUUGUUUGACAUAGUAGCCUUGAACUUUAAUUGCAAAUAAAUUUAAUUUACCUUACUUUUAGGGCAUAAAGAUGCCUCCAGAACUUAAAUCUUGAUUUUUCUCCCAGUGUUAUAUUUAAUUUUAAGAAAUUCAUAUGACAACAUUUAAUCCAAGGGUAGUAAUUUAUCCUAAUCACUUUUUAUUAAAAAAAGGUUACCUUAUCUUCAUAGGAAAUAGACUUGUAUGGGCCUUUAAAAUAACUUGUACAAAAUUUGAUGUAAUAAUUGUAUUGUUAAUUCAAAGGGGAAAAAAAGCAUCGAGCUUCAAAAAUGGUGCAGGACUAUGAAAGACUACUAGGUGAAUACAAAAAUGCAGCCAUAAGAUUGACAGUCAAAUCAAGUGAUAGCAUUUUUUUUUAAGAAUAACUUCAUAAAAUGUGUGUAUGAGGUUGGGAGGGGAGUCAGUUUGUUUUGUUGUGUUUUAAUUUAAAGUCAAUUGUAUUUCACAUUUUAAAUUUCAAAAAGCAUUUUUAUAAUUAUUUUUAGAGAUUUUUCUUAAGAUUUCUUAUGCUGGUUUCUACCUAUUUGUAUUUGACAUUUCUCAGUGGUAUGAAAAGAGUGAGGGAAAAGUGUUGAUUUGUUUAAAACCAUGUUUUUAGAAUUUAAAUAAGUAGGUCCUUCCUUAUACUGUUGAUCUACCUAUUAUCGUAAAAUCUAGUUUGUUUUCUUCAGUCUUGAAAGAAAAUCAUUCAUCUCUUGAGUUAUGCUAAUUAGUAAUGCCAAAUUCUCUUUGUUUAAAAAUCAAACUUUAUAAGACAUGCCUUUAAGUAGUGGAUUGGAUUGGCUCUGUGCUGGUAAUAACAAAAAUUAGUGUUUUUUUCUUCUUUUACUUGCUACUCUGAAUAAAUUGAAAAGUUGCUUUUACUUCAGGUUUUGUAUAUUACUAAAUAGCCAUCAAAAUUUAUAUUAUUACCAAAAAAGCAAUUAACUGUGAGUUUAUGUCCUCUUGCUUAGGCAUUUUCUCUUUCAAAAGUAUUUUUCAUUAUAAAAAAAAACUUAAGAGCCCUUCCCUCUUAAACUAAAUCACAUGAAAUAUGAAAAUAUUUUAAAAUAACAUUUUUUACCAGUAUGAAUGAGUCAUGUAGACAUUGAAAUACUUGGUGACAAAUUUAGUGAAUGGAUGCUACCAAACCCUCUGUUGUCUCUAUUUUCUAUUUUAAUGUCUUUUCUAUUAUGUGCUUGGUGUAGUAUGUUCAAUGUGUGAAUUGGUACCAGUCAUCUUUUUUUUUGCAAAAUGAACAUCAGUGUAAAAAGGAAAAUUGAAGAUUAUGCAUAUUUGAAGAUAAAAUGCCCAAUUAUAUUUUAAUUUAAAUAUGCCAACAAUUAUUUCAUACCUUGUUUUAUUAAACAAAAUUAAUAUUUCAUUUUACAUGGAAUUUGGGGCUAUUGAGGAUAAAUUAUGUAUCAUUUUAGUAUAUUAAAGAAUAGUACAUCCAGCACAGCAUAAUGUUAUAUAUUUUCUGCAAAUCUGGAUUUUUAAUUACAUGUAAAUUUUUAAAAGUUGAAGUAAAAGGCUGAUUUGAUGAGUAAAAUCAUAUUUAAAACUUUAAGCAUUUUGAUUACUGAAUCUUCAGUGAUUUGCCUAAAGAGAGUCUCCAUUAAAAGUUUUACCGUAUUCAAAAUAAGAAAGGUUUCUUUCUGGUUGUCUUAGACGUACACAUGCCUGCUUUUUUUUUUUAAAGUGUGUACCUGUUUAGUAUGUAAAAAAAUGUAAUUUCAUUCUAUUAUGUGUGUACAUGUGUAUAACUGAUUAAAAACUGUUCACAAUG